AUGAUUGCGAUUCUCUCCUACGUUCUGCCAUUGCUGGCUCUGCCUGCUGCUCAGGCCUGCCCGACGAAGCAACAGAGCAACACGACCUGCGGUCAGGUUUCUGGAAACAAGACAGUCAACUCUUUCCAGUUGUACCCCGAGAACGCCGACUUUGACACCAAGCGCUGCGUCGCAUACUUCAGCGUCCUCUACAACACCACCGUCGCGUCUUGGAACCCCGUCACCUCUGAAAUCCAGACCAUCGAAAUCCCGGGUCUCAGCUUCGACAGUGAGCUUCACACCAGCGGUGUUCGCGUCGACCCUCUCGACCGUCUCUCUAUCAUCGUCGAUGCCGGAUCUGCCUUCGACACGGAGGGAAAGAACAUCACGGGAGACAACAUCCUCGUCAAGUACGAUCUCACCGAGAAGAAGGUCCUCUGGCAGCGCAACCUGACCGAAGUCACCGGCGGCGUCUACGGCGGUUUCCAGGACACGGCUCACGGCGCGGACGGCACGACCUUUGCGCUCGGUACGUUCCCGAGCAGCAUCAUCCGUGUUAGCCCUGACGGCUCUGAGGCUACUGCUUGGUACCUCAAGACGCCCGCGGACCACACCAUCCACGGCUUGUCCGGACUCGUCUCGGCCCCCGAUGGCAAGUCAAUUCUCGUUGCCGACAGCUCGGAUGGUCAACUCUACCGCUUCGACAUCACCGCCGCCACGGCUCCUACGCCGGUCCGCGUUCCAUUGACCUCGGCGAGCAUCAUCGGCUCGGCUCUCGACGGCGUCUCGAUUCCUUCCCGAUACAACGGCACUGUUAUUCUCGUCUCUGAUAACGUCAACGGAACGGUGGUGCUUCACUCAGCCGAUGCGAAGUGGGAGUCGGCUGCGGUUGUCGGUACCGUCCCCAACGGAUACCUUGCUGAUGGCGGCUCGACUGUUGCGACAGUGCAGAUCGGAGGCAGCGUUUAUGCAGUCACGGAAUGGUUUGGAGAUGCCAAAGUUGUCGGCACGUUGGCUGGCAACCGUACGGAAUGGCCGUUGGUUGACAUCACUGCCAACAUCGACGGAUUUCUCGCCAGUCAGUGA